UGUGAUGGACGCAGCUUCAGCCAAGAAGAGCCGCGAGAAAACACCAGAAAGAAGGAUGGACAGUGAGGAGAGCGUGAGUGGUUCGUGGUUGGCUCUGCUGCUGCUCGGGGCUCAGCUCACUUUGGUGGGACCUUCCGCCCCCUCCUCGCUGAGGGACGACCCCUGGCAGGUCUAUAGCUCCGCCCAGGACCCUGAGGGACGCUGCGUCUGCACCGUCGUAGCACCGCAACCGAGCAUGUGCAAUAGAGAUGCUCGCAGCAGACAGCUCAAGAGUCUGCUCGAGAAGGUGCAGAACCUCAGCUCCUCCAUCUUGGCUCUGGACCUCCGGACGCUCUCGGAGCUGCAGUUUGUGGAGCAGAUGGAGGCUCAGCUCAGGACGGUGGAGUCCAGGUUCAAGGAGGUUCAAGAGGGACACGAGACCAGCACGGCCCGACAGUACAAGUGGAUGCGUGAGAAGAUGUCAGAGCUCCGCCCCCUGAUCCCGGCGUUGGAGUCAUACCGCGCUGAUGCGGCGCUCGUGCGGCGCUUUAAGGAGGAGGUGCAGAACGUGAGUGAGGAGCUGUCCACUCUGCAGGAGCACGUGCACGAGCUCACAGACGUGCACGAGAGAGUCACCGACCUGGAACUCAGGCUCAAAGCCUGUAUGAACAGACUGGCAUGUGGGAAACUGACUGGGAUCUCUGACCCUGUCACCAUAAAGACCUCGGGUUCCAGGUUUGGAUCCUGGAUGACUGACCCUCUGGCGCCCCCUGGAGACACAAGGGUGUGGUACAUGGACGGGUACCACAAUAACCGCUUCGUACGUGAGUACCCGAGUCUGUGGGACUUCAUGAGCUCGGAGAACUACACGUCGCACCGCCUGCCACACCCCUGGUCUGGCACCGGGCAGGUCGUGUACAAUGGGUCCCUCUACUUCAACAAGCUCCAGUCACACACCAUCAUCAAGUUUGACCUCAAGGCAGGACUCAUCAGCCGGGCACGACAGCUCGACUUCGCAGGCUACAAUAACAUGUACCACUACUCGUGGGGGGGGCACUCGGACAUCGACCUGAUGGUGGACGAGGGCGGGCUGUGGGCCGUGUACGCCACGCACCAGAACGCCGGGAACAUCGUCCUCAGCCAAUUAGACCCCGAGUCUCUGACCAUCACCCGCAGCUGGGUCACCAACCACCCCAAACGCAGCGCGGGGGAAUCCUUCAUGAUCUGUGGCACUCUGUAUGUCACCAACGGGUACUCAGGGGGCACCAAGGUGUACUACGCCUACUCCACAAACUCGUCGACAUAUGAGUACAUUGACAUUCCUCUGGUGAAUAAAUACAGCCAUCUGUCCAUGUUAGACUACAACCCCCGAGAGAGGGCGCUGUACGCCUGGAACAACGGGCACCAGGUUCUGUACAAUGUGACGCUGUACCACAUCAUCCAGUAGAGGGCGCCCCUGCCCCACCCCUGAGGAUCUAAACCUGACAUUUGAUUUAUUAAGAUUCAUUUAUUGUUUACUUUGACUGUUUCUAAACCAGGACUAAACUAAGUCUAAACCAGGAGCAAGCCAGGACUGAACCAGGACUGAACCAGGAAUAAACCAGAACUAAGCCAAGUCUAGACCAGGAGCAAGCCAGGACUGAACCAGGACUGAACCAGGACUGAACCAGGACUGAACCAGGACUGAACCCAAUUAGGUGACAAUCAGACUGUUAAUGAUUUUUACAGAAUCUUGUUUGAAGCACAAAAAGUAUUUUCUACUCACACCACACAGAUCCAGAUUUCACCGAAACCGGGUCAAAACCGGGUCAAA